CACUUCAGUAAGGAAUCCUUGCGUUCGGGCUUCCAUAAAUGCAAUAGAAACCAGAAAAAAUAGAAACCCUAACUCGAUUGAAGAUCAAAUUAAAGUAGAUUAGGAAGCAGAAAUCGCCGAGAAAACAAUGUCGGGGCAGCAAGAGGAAGAUAAGAAGCCCGGUGAUCAGUCUGCCGCUCACAUCAAUCUGAAAGUCAAAGGCCAGGACGGGAAUGAAGUUUUCUUCAGGAUCAAAAGAAGCACACAACUGAAGAAGCUUAUGAAUGCAUACUGUGACCGCCAAUCUGUGGAUUUCAACUCCAUUGCCUUCUUGUUUGAUGGCCGCCGCCUGCGAGGCGAGCAAACUCCUGACGAGCUGGAGAUGGAGGAUGGAGAUGAGAUUGAUGCUAUGCUGCACCAAACCGGGGGCACAUAUGCUUCAACCGUCUUCUCUUUUGUGUGAAGCAAGUGCUACUUUACCGUUUUUAGUAUUUAAAAGAAUUAGUUAUUGUCUGAUGACAUAAAUUUUAUAACGUUAUAAGUUUGCUGUUGACUGUUAUAAGACUUGCUGGACUUGUUCUGAUCUGAAUUAUCUUGCUCUUAUGGAUGAGCUUGAAUU